UACUAAUCUGUUUAAUGCAGCUCUCUAGGGAUGGCAGAAAAGCACCUGAAUGCACUGUUCUCUGUCAUUAACCACGCGGAGAUGAACAAGGAGACCACAGCAAAGCGAGGCACAGUACCAUGUGCCUGUGGUCCCCAGUCCUGAGGAGGCAGGGUCACAGAGAUCUGGAGUCCAAGUUCAGCCUUGUUUACCUAGCGACCGUGUGUCUCAAAAAGCAAAGCAGAGCAAAACAACCGAACCACCUCACUAUAUCACUAUAAAUCCAUUGGUGAUUAAGAUGAAAUGAGCGACAUCACUAGAUGCCAGGCAGGGGGCAUCUGGCAUGGAGAAUACAAAAUGGCAUCGCGACUGUAGGGGUAUUUAGUAAUUUCUCACUAAACCAAACACACAGGAGAUAGGGAAAUGGAUCCGUCAAAAAACUUCCAAUUUCUCUAGGACACACACUAUGACCCUUGUACAAGGCAGUCGUUUCCAGGUUCACUGAUCGAUUAAAAUUCCAUCCAAGGCACUUCAGGAGACAUCCCAUCUCUCUUGUCAGAGGAUAGAGGACAGGCUGGAGAGAUGAUUCAGUGGUGAGGUAAGAGCACCCAGGGUCAGUUCCCAGCACCCACACUGCUGCUCACAACCAUCUGGAACUCCAGUACCCAGGGACCUGGUGCCCUCUUUUGAAUGGUAUAUACACAUAGGUGCAAACAAACACUCAUACAAAUACAUGUAAUAAAGAAAUAAAUACAGUGACUGGCGCUAUUUCUUUCAUUCAUUUCUUAUAACAGUUUGGGCACUUGCUAAGUUUCUUACAUAAACCACAUUUUAUCUUGCCAGCAUCCCAAUAAGGUAGCUUUUUUAAAAUGCCCAUUUAUAGAUGAAGAAUAUUAGACUCAGGAUGUUAAAUAAAUCAUCAAAGGCCACAUUAAGAAAGAGACAGAAUAUCUUGGCUGCAGGGCUGGUAUUAUUAGCACUAUGUCCUCCUUUGGAUCUGAGUUUGGUGCAUUUUCUGGAUCUACUUUUGUUAUAUUUUCUUUUUAUAUGUGUCUACUUCCGACUGAAGUAUUAUUUCCCAUUAGUGCUGUUAUAUUGUGUCCAUUUGUUUUCCAAGACAGUAGAAAACUACACACACUCCCUCCCCCACCAAGUUCAACAAGUUUGGCUUUGUAAAGAAAUAAGGAUAGCCUUCCACCAGAUGGGGGCGCUGUGACACGCUCGCCCUACAGGAACUGGCUACUGUGCCCAGAGCCUCUGUGGAGAGCACCGUGUAUACCUGCACACGUGUAUCCCAAACCACUGGAAGAUUACUUGACUCCGUGUGCAUUCACUCCUCCAAAGAACGCUAGCUGAACCUCAAUAACCAGAAGCGUGCACUUGCUACAUUUGACUGGUCCACGCUACUGCCCUCGAGAGACACAGAAACCUGAUAUCUCAAGAAACAUUCAAGUUCCACUUUAAGAACCUAGGCUAUGCCAAAGGCCGGAAAGAUACCUUCUUGUGCUAUGAAGUGACUAGAAAGGACUGCGAUUCACCCGUCUCCCUUCACCAUGGGGUCUUUAAGAACAAGGACAACAUCCACGCUGAAAUCUGCUUUUUAUACUGGUUCCAUGACAAAGUACUGAAAGUGCUGUCUCCGAGAGAAGAGUUCAAGAUCACCUGGUAUAUGUCCUGGAGCCCCUGUUUCGAAUGUGCAGAGCAGAUAGUAAGGUUCCUGGCUACACACCACAACCUGAGCCUGGACAUCUUCAGCUCCCGCCUCUACAACGUACAGGACCCAGAAACCCAGCAGAAUCUUUGCAGGCUGGUUCAGGAAGGAGCCCAGGUGGCUGCCAUGGACCUAUACGAAUUUAAAAAGUGUUGGAAGAAGUUUGUGGACAAUGGUGGCAGGCGAUUCAGGCCUUGGAAAAGACUGCUUACAAAUUUUAGAUACCAGGAUUCUAAGCUUCAGGAGAUUCUGAGGCGAAUGGACCCGCUAAGUGAAGAGGAAUUUUACUCGCAGUUUUACAACCAACGAGUCAAGCAUCUCUGCUACUACCACCGCAUGAAGCCCUAUCUAUGCUACCAGCUGGAGCAGUUCAAUGGCCAAGCGCCACUCAAAGGCUGCCUGCUAAGCGAGAAAGGCAAACAGCAUGCAGAAAUCCUCUUCCUUGAUAAGAUUCGGUCCAUGGAGCUGAGCCAAGUGACAAUCACCUGCUACCUCACCUGGAGCCCCUGCCCAAACUGUGCCUGGCAACUGGCGGCAUUCAAAAGGGAUCGUCCAGAUCUAAUUCUGCAUAUCUACACCUCCCGCCUGUAUUUCCACUGGAAGAGGCCCUUCCAGAAGGGGCUGUGUUCUCUGUGGCAAUCAGGGAUCCUGGUGGACGUCAUGGACCUCCCACAGUUUACUGACUGCUGGACAAACUUUGUGAACCCGAAAAGGCCGUUUUGGCCAUGGAAAGGAUUGGAGAUAAUCAGCAGGCGCACACAAAGGCGGCUCCGCAGGAUCAAGGAGUCCUGGGGUCUGCAAGAUUUGGUGAAUGACUUUGGAAACCUACAGCUUGGACCCCCGAUGUCUUGAGAGGCAAGAAGAGAUUCAAGAAGGUCUUUUGGUGACCCCCCCACCCAACCCCAAGUCUAGGAGACCUUUUGUUCUCCUGUUUGUUUCCCCUUUUGUUUUAUCUUUUGUUGUUUUGCUUUGUUUUGAAGACAGAGUCUCACUGGGUAGCUUGCUACUCUGGAACUCACUACUAGACUAAGCUGGCCUUAAACUCUAAAAUCCACCUGCCAGUGCCUUCUGAGAGCCAGGCUUAAGGUGUGCGCUGCCCACUCCCAGCCUUAACCCACUGUGGCUUUUCCUUCCUCUUUCUUUUAUUAUCUUUUUAUCUCCCCUCACCCUCCCGCCAUCAAUAGGUACUUAAUUUUGUACUUGAAAUUUUUAAGUUGGGCCAGGCAUGGUGGAGCAGCGUGCCUCUAAUCGCAGGCAGGAGGAUUUCCACGAGCUUGAGGCUAGCCUGAUCUACAUAGUGGGCUCCAGGACAGCCAGAACUACACAGAGACCCUGUCUCAAAAAUAAAUUUAGAUAGAUAAAUACAUAAAUAAAUGGAAGAAGUCAAAGAAAGAAAGACAAGAUUAAGUUGUGCAUGAUUGGGUCAUAUGUGUUUGAGGCAGGAGGAUUGCCACAUCCUGGGCUAUACAAUGAGACCCUGUCUCAAACAAAACAAAACAAAACACACCAAAAGAACAGUUUUUAAAUCCCCAAACCUGAAUUCUUUUCUAAUAAAGUGGACAACCAGGCAGGCCCCCUCACCCAUCAGAGUGUGAACAUCAAGGAAGGGAGCCAGCAAACUGGCUCACAGGUGAGCAAGCUGACUGCACCUGAAGAUCAGAGUUCAGAUCCCAGCACCCACCUCCUGUAGCUCACAAUUGAUCUAACUCUAGCUCCAGGGUACCUGGUGCCCUCUCCUGGACUCCAUGGCACCCCAUAUAUAUGUAUGUGUGUUUAUGUAUGUAUAAUGUGUACAUUAUAUAUGCAUACAUGCAAUAUAUAAUUUAUAUGUGUGUGUAUAUAUAUAUAUAAUGUAUAUAUUAUAUAUCUCCCUGUAGUUGCAACCCAACCCAGUUCCCUCUACAUAGGGUGUCUGUCUCAAAAAAAAAAAAAAAAAAGGAGUUUGAUUGAGGAACAAUGACCUGGUCUCCACCUAAGUAUGUAUAACACACACACACACACACACACCACAAAAAAUGGCACACACUUUUUUGGAAACGCUGUUAGACAUAGCCAAAAGUGUGUCCAAAUCCAGUCAGGCUAACAGUGUUAACUGUCCUUUAAAAGUCUUCCUCACCGGGCGGUGGUGGCGCACGCCUUUAAUCCCAGCACUUGCGAGGCAGAGGCAGGCGCAGGCGGAUUUCUGAGUUUGAGGCCAGUCUGGUCUACAGAGUGAGUUCCAGGACAACCAGGGCUACACAGAGAAACCCUGUCUCGAAAGAAAAAACAAACAAACAAACAAACAAACAAGUCUUCCUCUGUUGCUCUUCAAUAGACUAUUCCAUCUUGAUCCUCAAAGAUUUAUGGCCAUUUCAUAACACAAAAUGCAUUUAGUUCAUUUGUAAUGUACCCCCCAAAUUUUUUCUUCAUUGUUAUUUUUAUUUUAUGUGUUUGGAUGUGUUCCCUGCAUGUAUGCCUGCGCAACAUGUAUGCCUGAUGCACACAGAGGCCAGAGAAGGAUUUGGACCCCCUGGGAUUGGAUUUAUGUAUCAGUAUGAGCGACUAUGUGGGCACUGGGAGUGGUGCCUGCAUCAUCUGGGGCAGCUGGUGGUCCUAACUGCUAAGCCAUCUUCCUGGACCUACACCCUAAAAUUUUUUUGGAGGGGGGGCAUUUUUUGAGACAGGAUUAUCUUUGUGUAUCCCUGCUGUGAGCCAUCACUGCCCAUCAUAAAAGCUUAACAGCUAUUAUUAUUCAAAAUGUCAGAGUCUCUUCUGAGACUCAGGCAACUGCUUAACCCUGAACUUCUGUUUAACAACAAAAAACAGCCGGACGAUGGUGGCACACACCUUUAAUGCCAGCAUUUGGGAGGCAGAGGCAGGCAGAUUUCUGAGUUUGAGGCCAGCCUGGUCUACAAAGUGAGUUCCAGGACAGCCAGGGCUAUACAGAAAAACCCUGUCUCGAAAAAACAAACAAACAAAAAAAGCUAUUAUUAUUCAAAAUGUCAGAGUCUCUUCUGAGACUCAGGCAACUGCUUAACCCUAAACUUCUGUUUAACAACAAAAAACAGCCGGACGAUGGUGGCACACACCUUUAAUGCCAGCAUUUGGGAGGCAGAGGCAGGCAGAUUUCUGAGUUUGAGGCCAGCCUGGUCUACAAAGUGAGUUCUAAGACAGCCAGGGCUAUACAGAGAAACCCUGUCUCAAAAAACCAAAACCAAAACGAAGAAACACAAAACAACAACGACAAAAACAAACAAACAAAUCAUACAAAUUGUACACUUCCGGUACUCGAUACCAUGGAGUGAACACCCCCACUCCAAAAGCGGAGAAUGGAGGUAUAGCAAGGAAAGUUUUCUCAAACCAAAACCCUGCAGGACAAACACCAAAGCCCUGUGGCUCUAUGUCUGCCACCUGAGGCUGUAGCUCCCCUCUCCCGCUCUGUCAUAUACAUUUACAUGUAACAUCUCUUGGGACAAGUCCACCCCGUGCCUGCUUUCUCUUGUGGACAGCGCAUGCUCCUGGCAUGUAUAAGACACUGAAGUCUCCAUCAUACUUAGCUUCACCAUCAUCACAGCCUCUCCAAACGACUCAGCUUCCUUACCAGUGAUCCAAGUCUGACAGUGACUUACAUAGAGGUUUCUGGACUCUUGGUGCAAGCUCCCGUGGGACCGUCACAAUUGGCAUUUUGCAUGCCAGCCAAACAAAUACAAUGUGGAUGAUA